UGAAGGCGUAAAAUGUAUCAGAUUCAUAAAGACAUACCGAACAUGGACAAUGUUUUACCUAAGACUGAAAUGUCAUGCACAUUUAUCAUUGACUGACCCUCUGAGCUUUAAGGACAUAAAAGAGCAAUUUUGUGAAAUUACAAUCACCGAAAACGAGAAACGUUCAGCUUCUGAACUAAAAUUGAUGUAUUCCCCCAAAUUACAGACCUCUCUAACAUUAAAACAUGUGAGUGGUUGCUGUCACAUUUCUAUUGAGACGUCAGAGAGGGUUUGGGUAAGUGGAAAAGACAAUCUCAUUUUUACAAACUCGAAAGGUGCCAUAUCAUAUUGUCUGAAAAAUUUUAAUGAGUUUUGUGGAAUGCAUUCAAUUAACAAAGAUAAGAAAUUGAUUUACAUAGAUGAUGAACAUAACAUUAUCACACUUGCAAACCCUAUGGAAAAGGAAAUGACAUAUUCAUCGAUAAACAGUUUUGAAUGGAAGCCCAAAUGUUUAAGCUAUUGUCCGUCUACUGAUGAUAUUCUUGUUGGAAUGUAUAAUAAAAGUAAAGAAGAAGGUCAGGUCCUUCGGUUUAGCCAAAGUGGAGAACAAACACAAACAAUACAGCACGACAGCGAAGGGAAUCAACUGUAUGUUAAACCUAGCUAUAUUGUAGAGAACAAUAAUUUUGAUGUUGUUGUAUCCAUAACGGUUUGGACGACAGUGAACAACUCAUCGGAAGAGUCAAGCGCCAUUGUAGCAACAAACUUCGAUGGAAAACAUCGUUUCACCUACAAAGGACAAGACUCAAAAAUAGUAUCCCGUGGUCUAUGUGUUGACGCAUUGUCGAAUAUCAUUUUGUGUGAUAACAAAACAAGCACAGUACAAAUGUUAAACUGCAACGGGGUGUUUAUGAAACAUCUUUUGAUAAGGCCACCAGGAAUACUGAAACCACACGGCUUGGGCUAUGAUUUCAAAACUCACUGUCUCUGGGUUGGAUCACACAGUGAUAAGAUAUGUGUGUACAGGUACUUAAAAAGACGAGACAUUCUGACCGAGUCAAAUUCUUCCAGAUCUGAUGUAAUCGAGUCAUCAGAGGAAUUUCAAAUAAUCAACACUGGAAAAUCUGAAAUAAAUGAGGAAAUGAUUAAUUUGUCCGUCUUUGAGGAAGUAAUCGAAGGUAUAACACUGAUGAUGUCUGUCCAUGAGGCGGGAAAUGAAGACAAAAUGUCUGAGAUGGAGGAAACAAAUGAAGACAAAAUGUCUGAGAUGGAGGAAACAAAUGAGGACUUGAUGUCCGUUUCUGAUGAAGAGUAUGCUUUAAUGUCAAUGCCAGUAGUAAAGAAUAAAGUUAAGGUUAAUUGGUCUGACAUUGAGCUAUACCGAACAGUGGAACAUUUUUAUGGUAGUUACCAUAUAUCCUGUCUGACAACAGACAAUAUAUGUAUCAAUGAAGGAAAAGAUAUCAUUCAUAUAAACAAAACAGGUGACACUCAUUUAUUCCAGCAUUAUUUACCUGCAUUCGCUUUCAACGGUUUGCAUACAAUGGACAAGGAGAACGAAUUAAUAUACAUCAAUAGUGAUUACGACAUAUACAGAUUAUCUUUAAAAACGGAAACAAAAGUCCCGUUAUUACAGACUAAUAGUAGUACAUGGAAACCUCAUUGUGUGUACUGCUCGCCUUUUUCUAGGGAUCUACUCGUCGGAAUGUUUAGAAAAGAUCGGAAAAUAGGUAUGGUUACCCGGUAUAGCAAUUCCGGAAAACUGAAACAAUCAAUAAUCUGCGACAAGUUUGGGCAGGAGUUGUAUAACGAGCCUCGUUAUAUAACUGAAAAUAACAAUGGAGACGUGGUAGUGUCCGACUCAGACUGGGAGACAGGUGCUGUAGUUGUUACAGACCGUGGGGGACAACAUCGUUUUACAUACACAGGAAAUCCUCCUGGAUCAGGACUAUUACCACGUGGGAUUUUCACGGAUAGAGUGUCACACAUCAUAGUGUGUGAUAGUUCAUCAAAAAAAAUACAUGUGAUCGAUGAAAAUGGACGUUUUCUUUCAUACGUAUUUAUUGACUCAAAACUUAUGUCAGAACCGUCCUGUUUGAGUUAUGCUUUUCGCAAUGACCUUUUCUUGGUUGGAUCAUAUAAGGGCAACAAGAUAGGUGUCUCCAGAUAUGUUACUGAGAAAAAUGAAGCUAGGACUGAUUUAAAUAACGAUGGUUAUGAUGAUGUUGAUGUGGGUAUGGGCACUGGCCAUUGA